CUCAGGGGGAAGCCGGGGGGCGGGCGGCGGUUGCUGGAGCCCAGGAGGCGCCGGGGCCGGGCAGGCCGGGGCCGGGGGCCGCUUCAGCGCGGCGGCGGCAGCAGCAGCCAUGAGCGGCGGCGUCUAUGGAGGAGAUGAAGUUGGGGCUCUUGUUUUUGACAUUGGCUCCUAUACAGUGAGAGCUGGCUAUGCUGGUGAAGACUGCCCAAAGGUUGAUUUUCCCACCGCUAUUGGUGUGGUACUUGAAAGGGAUGAUGGGAGCACAUUGAUGGAGAUAGAUGGGGAUAAAGGCAAACAAGGAGGCCCCACGUAUUACAUAGAUACCAAUGCAUUGCGGGUUCCAAGGGAGAAUAUGGAGGCAAUAUCACCUUUAAAGAAUGGAAUGAUUGAAGAUUGGGACAGCUUCCAAGCCAUUUUGGAUCACACUUACAAGAUGCAUGUCAAAUCAGAAGCCAGCUUGCACCCUGUUCUAAUGUCAGAAGCACCGUGGAAUACCAGAGCAAAAAGAGAGAAACUGACAGAGCUGAUGUUUGAACACUACAACAUCCCUGCAUUCUUCCUUUGUAAAACUGCAGUUCUUACAGCAUUUGCUAAUGGUCGUUCCACAGGGCUAAUUUUGGAUAGCGGGGCCACUCAUACUACUGCCAUUCCAGUCCAUGAUGGAUAUGUCCUUCAGCAAGGAAUUGUGAAAUCACCUCUUGCAGGAGACUUUAUUACCAUGCAGUGCAGAGAACUGUUCCAAGAAAUGAAUGUAGAAUUGAUCCCUCCAUACAUGAUCGCAUCAAAGGAGGCUGUUCGUGAAGGAUCCCCAGCAAAUUGGAAGAGAAAAGAAAAGUUGCCACAGGUUACGAGGUCUUGGCACAAUUACAUGUGUAAUUGUGUGAUCCAGGAUUUCCAAGCUUCUGUCCUCCAAGUAUCAGAUUCAACUUAUGAUGAACAAGUGGCUGCACAGAUGCCAACAGUUCACUAUGAAUUUCCCAAUGGCUACAACUGUGACUUUGGUGCUGAGCGACUCAAGAUUCCUGAAGGGUUAUUUGACCCGUCUAAUGUGAAGGGGUUAUCAGGCAACACGAUGUUGGGAGUCAGUCAUGUUGUUACCACAAGCGUUGGGAUGUGUGACAUUGACAUCAGACCAGGCCUUUAUGGCAGUGUCAUAGUGGCAGGGGGAAACACUCUCAUACAGAGCUUCACUGAUAGAUUGAAUCGGGAGCUGUCUCAGAAGACCCCUCCGAGCAUGAGAUUGAAGUUGAUUGCAAAUAAUACAACGGUGGAACGGCGAUUUAGUUCGUGGAUUGGUGGCUCAAUUCUAGCCUCUCUGGGUACCUUUCAACAGAUGUGGAUUUCCAAACAAGAGUAUGAAGAAGGAGGAAAACAAUGUGUAGAAAGGAAAUGCCCUUGAAGCCAGUUCUGAAAAAAACUGUGGCCUUCCCUAUGAUCCCUUAUGUUUCAUAGCUUUAGUAUACUCAGGAACAAAAUGAACGUCUUUUGUAGAAUGUUUAUACAUUUUUGCAUACUUCAAUUUCCAUUUAACAGAUUUUAAAGCCUUUAACUGGCCAUAUAACUUAAAAUGAGUUUUUGCCUUCCUUGUAAAGCAAUAACUCCUAUAAGCAUUUUAUAAUUUUUGUAUAAAUAUCUAUUUUCUCUAAAUAUUUUCCUUUUAGUAACUGCUUUCAACCCUCUGAUUAGCAUACAAAUGAUUGGUAGAAUUGAUUUUUACUGACUAGUAAAACUUACUGCCUAUACCUUUACCUCAUACUUGCAAAACUAAAUAAUAAAGAUUUCUAUCCACUAUAAAAAAAA